AUGAGUCGCCGACUGGACCUAGAGUGCUGGAAAAUAGGAUGGACCGACAACAGUCCACUCGGGCUAGCCUCAACUCUAGGCCAGGCUGCCUUCAAAGCACGAAUCAUGAAUGGCGCUGGAGGGAGCAAGAUUACCAUUCCUGAGUCCACAGUACCAACUCCGCCGUAA